AUGGUCCAAAACCGCCUGAUCGCAAACGGCCUCACCAAGUACAACCGCCUCCUCCGCAUCAACAUUGUCAUGGUGGUUAUUAAUAUAUCGCUUGAUAUCGUCUUUAUCGGACUCAUGUCGCUUCCCAACGCCUUGGUCUAUCUCAACUUCCAGUCCUUUGCCUACAUGGCCAAGCUACAUAUUGAAAUGAACAUGGCCGAGCUAAUCGGCAAGGUGGUGCGGGCCUCAAACAAUGACAGCGGCGACCGAACCCACUCGACGGACCGCCAAUACCGCUACGGCAAAAAGAGCGGCACCGGCGGCGGUGGUGGCGGCCCCAGCUCGGCGGGCAAGACGCAGCGCACCUUUAUGGACACCAUCAGCCGCGGCGCCGGCCAUCACCACCGCACCCACGUCGAGCUCGGCAGCCAAGAGUACGUUAGCGAUGCCGAGAUUGAGCGCAUCCGCGGCGGCGCAGGGGGUGUUGGUGAUGCCGACGGCGAUGGACAUGAGCUCCAGGGUAUUCAGCGCACCAUUGUCACUCAGGUUGUCCACAGCAAGGCCCACGAUGAUGACGAUGUCGCCAGCGAGAGCACCUCGGAGCGCCACCUUAAUGAUAUUUGCAGUGUCUGA